AUGUCCAAGUUCACAUCAAUUGCUAUGAUCGGGUGCGGGAGUAUGGGCGGAGGCAUGGCCUUGCUCUUCGCAGAAGACGGAGUCCAUGUCAACCUUUCAGAUCCUUCCGAGCAGGCCAUGGAUGCAGUCGUUGAAAAGGCUGAGAAGGCCGGUUACUAUGGAAAGAUCAAGAAGCAUUCAGACUAUGAGUCGCUAUGCAAAUCACUAUCCCAACCACGACUACUGGUGUUCUCUCUGCCUCAUGGUGGAGUCGGCGACAAAGUCCUUGAAGACCUCAUGCCCAAGCUGUCCAAGGGUGACAUUAUCCUCGACUGCGGAAACGAACACUUUGCAAACACCGAACGCCGGCAGCACAAGUGCGAGGACACAGGGGUAAGAUACAUUGGCUGUGGUGUAAGCGGCGGCUACCAAGCUGCACGGGCUGGGCCGUCCAUGUGUCCGGGAGGCGACGAGUCUGCACUGAAAGAGGUCAUGCCGCUGCUCCACAACGUGGCUGCAAAGGACAGAGAGGGCAAGCCUUGUGUGGGUAUGAUCGGAAAGGGUGGUGCUGGUCACUACGUCAAGAUGAUUCACAACGGCAUCGAGCACGGUAUGAUGAGUGCCAUAUGUGAAGCCUGGGGUAUCAUGCGCAAAAUGGGUAUGGGUUACGAAGAAAUCGGCGACAUUUUCAAGGAGUGGAACUCGUCUGGCGAACUGCAAGGCACGUUCCUAAUCUCGAUCGGCGCCGACCUCUCACACAAGCGCGACUCUGGGAGUGAGUCAAACCCAGACACAGAACAGCACCCGCUCGUCAUUUCCGAGGUCCUCGACAAGGUCGUGCAAGACUUGACCGGCGAGGAAGGAACAGGAAUUUGGUCUAACACUGAAGCUAUCGAGUUACACGUACCAGCGUUCACACUGAACGUUGCACAUGCUCUGCGUCUCGCGUCAGCUUACCGCGGUGACCGCGAGCGUGCAAACAAGACUUUUGAUGGUGGCUUCCCACCCAGCGAGUUGAAUGACAUCAAGGACAAGAAGGCUUUCAUCGAGGAUCUUCGCAAAGCGACUUACGCAGCUUGUUUGGCCAGCUACAUCCAGGGCAUGAACAUCAUUGCACGAGCUGAUCAGGAACACAAGUGGUCCAUCGACUACUCGCAAGUCUGGCAAAUCUGGCGCGCUGGCUGCAUCAUUCAGGCAGACUACAUUUCUGAUAACAUCCUCGCUCCCGUGCUCAAGAGCGACCCUUCUUCAGAAGACCUGAACCUCAACUUCUCAUCGGUCGUCGCCAAGGAUAUCAAGAACUCGUUCCCAGCUUUGCGACGCAUCAUCGCAAAGUCGGUCGAAACUGAUCAAGUCGUUCCUGCGCUGAGCACUACUCUGGAGUACUUCAAAAUUUCGACUGGCACAGACCUACCGACAAGCUUCUACGAAGCUGAGCUGGACUACUUCGGCAGCCACAUGUUCGAUAAGAAGGGCGACCGGGAUCCUGAGGUUAAGAAGCCGAUGGAAGGCAAGCACCACUUCGAAUGGAAGCCAACCACCAGCCAGAAGGAGACAUAUGGAAAGCCUCCGGGCGUGUGA